AUGCUAGGCCAUGUCUUCCUUCUCGGAAAAAUUGUGGCCGUCAUUUUCCGCCAGACUUGGGCCCAACUACGAUUGCAGUGGAUUUCACGAAUCCACCGAUGGACAUAUUCACCGGGAUCCCGGCCCAAGAACAUCGUCGUCGUUGGCGCAUCAUUCGCUGGCUACCAUGCAGCUCGAUGUUUGGCAAACUCUGUACCGUCUGGCUACCGAGUGGUCGUGAUCGAGAAGAACAGCCAUUUCCAAUUGACAUGGGUAUUGCCGCGAUUCUGCGUGGUGAAUGGCCAUGACAACAAAGCCUUCAUUCCAUACGGCCACUACAUCCAAGCUCCAGAAGGAUCCUGCAGCUGGGUUAAAGACACAGUGAAAGCUGUCCUACCGAAUAGCGACAGUGCGACAGGAGGCCGAGUGCAACUGGCGUCAGGCGAAUAUAUUGCCUAUGAAUAUCUCGUGUUGGCCACCGGUGCCUCGGCCAGCCUUCCAUCAAGAGUAUCUCAGACAGACAAAAUCAACGGCAUGGAAGCAAUCGGAAAACAGCGACAGGCAUUGGAGCGUGCUCAAGACAUUGUCAUCGUCGGAGGUGGUGCUGCGGGCAUCGAAUUGGCAGCCGAUGCCAAGGUGCAGUUUCCGCAAAAGAAUGUCACUUUGAUCCAUUCAGGUAGGACUUUACUCCACAAGGGCUUUGGAGUGAAGAUCCAGCAUUCUAUCCGACAAGAAAUAGAGGCUCUGGGGGUAACUUUGGUGCUGGGAGAGCGACCAGCGCUUCCAGACGAUGCAACUACUUCAGGCGUCAUUACCCUAGCAGGAGGAGAAGUAAUCCACUUUGACUGCUUGAUCAAAUGUAUUGGACAGAAACCCAACUCGAAGCUAUUACACUUUCUAUCACCAGGGGCCUUUACGGCCUCCGGACAUAUCCGAGUAAAACCGUCGCUUGCAGUUGAGGACGAUUCAUUUCACCAUAUCUAUGCAGCAGGUGACGUUAUUGACACUGGUGCAGCUAAGAACGGGCGAAGUGCCAUUGAGCAAGGCUCGUAUGUCGCGCGAAAUAUCGUCUGUGCGAUUGAGGGCCAGCCUCAGAUCCAAUACGAGCCAGAAUGGUGGGAGAGUUCGACUAAACUUACGUUAGGCCUAAACAAAGGCAUAAUUUACACGUCUGAUGGACGGACUGAGUGGGUAAUCUCAUCGGGCAAGCCGAAGAUUGAACUUGAUAGCCCUCGAGUUUGGAAGUAUUUCGGCGCAACGCCAUAUGUUGAUCAAUGA